GCGAGCGGGCUCCUGUACGUCGCAGAGGUCAUCGAGGAGCACUCGGGCCUCGCAAAGUCGGUCGGCAAGCGGCUCGUCUAUGUCGAGGUCCUUCUCUUUGUGCUCCUCUUUUCGGUUGACGGCCUGCCCUGGCACCUCGUCGCCGUCGGCAUCCUCGCCCACCUCGUCUACCUGCAGAACUUCUCGCGCACCUGGCCGACCAUCUCGCUCACGUCGCCGACCUUUAUCGCCUCGUGCAUCCUCGUCCUCGCGUCCCACUUCCUGUCGUUCCGCCACUUUAGCGCCCGCUCGGACGCGGCCGCCCUCCACGGCCGGUACACGCACUACAACGCGUACGACUCGCGCAGGACGAGCUUCCUCGACGUGGCGACCUACUUUGCCGUCUGCGUCUGGCUCGUCCCGUUCUACCUCUUCCUCUCGCUCUCGGCCAACGACAAUGUCCUUCCC